AUGAGCCUACUAGGCUUUGCAUCAGAAGUAGUAGGGAUGCUCAGUCUCCUUCAGAAGAACAUACCAGUUCUCGAGGGCCAUUCUAGUCCUGUUGAGUCAGUGUCCUUCUCGCCCGACGGCGCGCUGCUGGCGUCCGGCUCUUAUGAUAGAACUAUACGGCUUUGGGACACGGCGACAGGAGAGCUGCAGCAGACUCUCGAGGGCCAUUCAGGUUGGGUUGAGUCAGUGGCCUUCUCGCCCGACGCCGUGCUGCUGGCGUCCGGCUCUUAUGAUAGAACUAUACGGCUCUGGAACACGGCGAUAGGAGAGCUACAGCAGACUCUCGAGGGCCAUUUAGGUUGGGUUGAGUCAGUGGCCUUCUCGCCCGACGGCGUGCUACUGGCUUCUGGCUCUCAUGACAAAACUAUACGACUCUGGGAUACGGUGACGGGAGAGCUGCAGCAGACUCUCGAGGGCCAUUUAGGUUCGGUUAUUUCAGUGGCAUUCUCACCCGACGGCGUGCUGUUAGCAUCUGGCUCUUAUGAUAGAACUAUACGACUCUGGGAUACGGUGACGGGAGUGCUGCAGCAGACUCUCGAGGGCCAUUUAGAUUCGGUUGAGUCAGUGGCCUUCUCACCUAACGGCGCGCUGCUAGCGUCCGGCUCUAAUGAUAAAACUAUACUGCUCUGGAACACGGCGACAGGACGGCUGCAGCAGACUCUCGAGGGCCAUUCAGUUUCGGUUAUUUCAGUGGCCUUCUCACCCGAUGGCGCGCUGCUAGCGUCCGGUUUUAAUGAUAAAACUAUACGGCUCUGGAACACGGCGACAGGACGGCUGCAGCAGACUCUCGAGGGCCAUUCAGUUUCGGUUAUUUCAGUGGCCUUCUCACCCGAUGGCGCGCUGCUAGCGUCCGGUUUUAAUGAUAAAACUAUACGGCUCUGGAACACGGCGACAGGACGGCUGCAGCAGACUCUCGAGGGCCAUUCAGGUUCGGUUAUUUCAGUGGCCUUCUCACCCGACAGCGCACUGCUGGCGUCCGGCUCUCAUUUAGACAGUAUACGGCUCUGGGAUAUGGCGACAGGAGAGCUGCAGCAGACUCUCGAGGGCCAUUUAGGUUGGGUUGAGUCAGUGGCCUUCUCACCCGAUGGCGUGCUGCUAGCGUCCGGCUCUAAUGAUAAAACUAUACGGCUCUGGAACACGGCGACAGGACGGCUGCAGCAGACUCUUAAGGGCCAUUUAAGUUCGGUUAUUUCGGUGGCCUUCUCACCCGACAGCGCGCUACUAGCGUCCGGCUCUAAUGAUAGAACUAUACGGCUCUGGAACACGGCGACAGAAGAGCUGCAGCAGAUUCUUAAGGGCCAUUCAGAUUCGGUUGAUUUAGUGGCCUUCUCACCUAACGGCGCGCUACUAGCGUCCGGCUCUAAUGAUAGAACUAUACGGCUCUGGAACACGGCGACAGGCGUGCUGCAGCAGACUCUCGAGGGCCAUUCAGGUUCGGUUAUGUUAGUGGCCUUCUCACCUGACGGUGCGCUGCUAGCGUCCAGCUCUAAUGAUAAAACUAUACUGCUCUGGAACACGGCGACAGGCGAGCUGCCGCAGAUUCUCGAUGUCACUGAACCAAUCACCGAUCUCAAAUUCAGUCAGGAUGGACUAUAUCUCAAGACUAAUCUUGGUUUCCUCGCUAUUCAUUCUGCGUGUGAAAAGCAUGCCUCUAGUUUGAGCAAGAAAUCUCGGAACAUUGUUAUUGAAGGACAGUGGAUAAUGCUUAAUGGCAAAAGAGGACUAUGGCUACCACCUGGGUCUCGGCCUACGUGUUCUGCGGUCAGUGGUAAUUUACUUGCCCUAGGACACUCAUCAGGGCGCAUUUCGUUUUUGGGAUUUCGUGUCUAG